UGUUGUUGGAAACAUUGGAAGAAAAAUGAGAAUAUUGGAAAAAAAUAUUUUUAUCAUAUUAGUCACCGUAUGUGUAACUGUGAUACAUCCAUUGGCAGUUAUUAGGCAUGAAACUAGAGAAGAAAGUAAAUACUUUCCAGAAGAAAUACCAAAAAUCGUAAAACGAUUGCACCGAUCUUCAAGAUUAAACAAAUAUGGAGAAAUUAAUUAUGUUCCUCCGUGUAAAAAUUGUCCAACAACUGGAAACCAAUUUAUUGGACCGUUAAGUCCUAGUAUCGCCGACUCAUUUUUAAGUCGUGGUUAUGGACCAGCACAAGAAGUUGAGAGUCAUCUGUCUUUAAUUAAACCAAAUACUGGAACUGGUUUAACUGAAUACUAUUCCAAACCGACCGUUAAACCCAAACAAGAAAAUAAUUGGGCAGCUGCGCAUUAUCCUAAUACGGAUUUGAAAGAUACCUAUAGGACUCUUUCUGGACGCUUUCACUAUCGAAAUAUUGGUAACUAUAGGCAAGAUCUACACGAUAGACACGAAAUUGCCAAUAGAUUCUAGAACAAUGUACAUUUGCUAGUGUGAAGACUUCGAUUUCAAGAUUUCAAGUUUGGCUCCCUGGUAUUUCAGUGACUUACUCAAAUACUUUCUUACACCUAACUUUUUCUUACCCGAAUCUACAACUCAGAGGGACCAGCAAGACCUUCAACUGGUAUUUUUAAUGGCUCAGAAAGUGAAACUUAUCUUUCUCAAUUAUAUUUCGCUUGCCUAUACUUGGUAGCCCAUCAAAAACAAGAAUAUAAUUCUUAAAUUUAGUGCAUACAUACAACC